AUGUUUGCCUGGUGCGAGCUUUUACGCAAGCAGUACGCUACUUGGGAAGAAGCCUGGAACGCGUUGAGUGGUGUCGAGUUCGGCUUCAAUGCUCCAGUAGACUUUGAUCGAUGGCAGACCUCAUUCUGGGCCAGCUAUCGUCCCGAAGCAGGCAUGAACAAAGCAUCGCCAGACCAGGCCUUCGUUUAUGCAGAUGCUAACGGCGAUGAAGAGAUCUCACGGCAGGAGUUUGAAUCUAUUUUCUUCAGCUGCUCCCCUGAGAAUGCAAACAAGCCACCAGGAGGCGCGGCAGCUCAUGCAGAAAAGGUUGAAGAAGCUGCUUUUCGCACAGGCAGUGCAGGCGGCAACACUUCAGCACCAGUGCCUCCAAGAGCACCCGUACGUCCUGCAAGAUGCUUGUAUGAGGAUGUGGAAAACGUGGGUCGCGAGAUCGGCAUCUCUUCGAUUCAGCCAAAUCUCACAUUGUGUCAGGCCAACUGUCGAACAACGCCUGGAUGCGCUCACUUCACAUUUCGCCAUAGCGAUGGCAUGUGCCAUAUGCUGGACAUGGAAGCAGGCUGGAGGGAAACCCAGGGCCUUAUUUCAGGGCCCGUGAAGUGCGUGGCGCAAGUACAGAUGAAGCUGGAAGACGUCGGCGAAACUUCGCGCUUAGAGGGUAAGGUGGACUUGCUGCAGCUGGAGCUUGCAGAAGAGUUUGCCAAAUCUGCUAAAAUGCCUGUUCAUGACAUCCGGGACCUGAAUGGCAACCCUGGCAAAGUCACACUCUCCUUUGGCUCUGAGCCAGGUGGGGAAAUCUUGGUAGCUUGCUUUGUCGACGUGCCUCCGGGUGGUGAGUUGCACGACAUGGAGCGAGUGGCCCAUGGCCAGCCUCAUCACAAGCUGCUUGAGGCAUUGAGGGCUGAGACAGGGCCUGGUGCAGAGAUGAAGGUUGAGGUGGCGGUCGUCCCGGAAUCGCAAUGCUUCAUCCUUGGGACCAGGUACACACCAGAUCUCAAUGCUGAGAAAGCUGCUGUGGCCACUGCCAAAGCCUGUCAGGUCAUGUGUACGCAGACAGAAGGCUGCCGUUUCUUUUCCUAUUUGAAGACUUCAAAGACUUGCAGCCUACAAGGUGAAGGUGCAACGCCUGUUUUCUAUGAGGAUUCGGUAGCUGGACCGCAACUGUGUCACAAUAUCCCUCAGGAAGCUGAACCUCCGGCUGAUGAGCUUGAGACGGAUUCCCCUGGCACCAUUUUCACAAGCUUUUGGUUCUGGUGUAUCUUGGUUCUGAUCUGCUGUCUGUGCGUGGCUGCCUUGUAUUUUAUGUUCCGAAAGGGCCGACUGUGUUUCACUGGAUGGAGGCGGCAAUAUUCCCGGCCAAAGAAGCGUGAGGAAGCAAAAUUGAAUGAGCACCGGUACAUGGCGCUGCCGCCCACUGACCAGGAGCUUGAGCAAAACAUGCUCGCUCAGGCUGCAUCCGAUGCAGCAGGGCAAGGAUCUCCACUCCAGUCGCUUCACCCGGUAGAUUUUACUGGUAAGUUCCCUGGUUCUGCUAACUACAACGGAAGUUGGGGAACCAAUGGGAGCCAAUGGAGCUGGCAGGUUGACCGCAUGUCGACAGCACCGAGGGAUACUCUAGACCAUGGAAACGGAAGCCCCCGUCACCUUGGAGUGCCUCCCUCAGGAUUUGCUCAAAGUGCAUGGGGGCCAAGCAGGCCAACAUCUUCCUGGCAACAAUCUCCCAGGAGUUCUGAUAUGCGGGAGGACUCCCCUGACUGGAUGCCACAUUUUUUGGGAGUGGAAGCCGUAAGGGAGUCUUAUCAAAGCUACGACGCCUCGCAGCGGGCCUAUCCACCGGAGCGCUCCUCCUGGCCUGCGCCGCAAAUGCCCCAGAGGCUUCCGCCACCAGUCUCAGCAGACUUCCCGCAUGCAUCCAGCAUGCCCUGUCCUUCCGCAUUUCAGCUGAACCAGUCCGGCGCGGGAAGCCCUUAUGGCUUCAACCAGUCAUGGCGGGGCUGA